CAGUUUCAGUUGCUGUUUGGAAUUCAAGCGCGUAGCACACGUCGGUCGGAAUAAUUAGAAUGGAGAAGAACUUUCAAUACGAGAAUAUGCAGUCUCAGGCUCCGGGUUUCCAGGCACCGCCCAGUUAUGAUACCGCCCCGCCGCAGGCUUAUCCUCAGCUCCAUCAGGGACAGGGAGUUAUAUUGCAGGCUUCUCCCAAUGUCCUGGGCCAAUGUCCAUCCAUGGCCACUUGUCCGAGCUGCGGCGUCCGCAGGGAGACGAAGGUGGAGUUCGAGCCCAACACCAAGACCCACCUGAUGGCCCUCCUCAUCUGCAUGCUGGGGGGCAUUUGCUGCUGCUGCAUUCCGUACUGCACCGACUCCUGCCAGUCGGCCAAACACACCUGCAGCAGCUGCGGAGCCUUCGUGGGCACCUACAAGAACUAGGAGUGCGGUCUCAACGCCAAAUAUCACAGGAAUGGACAGAUCCCACUUUGUAUAUCUUAUUGAUGGUAUCAGAUUUGGCACGAAUAUUUACAAAAUACAACUUAAUUGAAUAUCCUUUUCGCAUUGGUUUACUCUUCAAAAUAAAUUUAUAAUCACACAAA